CCCUCUUUUCUUUCCCCUUCGUUUCGCCGUUACACACAAACAGAGGCAGACUCAUUCAUAAUUCACAGCACUGUAACUGCAACUGCAUCGUCAUCUUCACGCGCCACCACCAUCCUCCAUUACCGACACCUCAAAGCUUCGUUGAAUGCAAGAACAUGAGAAGGCCAUUGAAACAACAACCCAACAAGAAGCUCAAGCACAACCUCUUCGACGACCUCCCCGACGAUCUCGUCGUCUUCAUUCUCUCCAAGCUCUCCGCCACCGCUUCUUCUCCCUCCGAUUUCAUCAGCAUCCUCUCCACAUGCAAGAGACUCAACCAGUUAGGCCUCCACCGCCUGGUGUUAUCCAAAGCCGGACCCAAAGUCUUCGCCGUCAACCCCAGAAACUGGUCGGAAAGCCCUCACCGCUUUCUCAAACACUGUGCCAACGCCGGUAACGUCGACGCCUGUUACACUCUCGGAAUGAUCCGAUUUUACUGUCUGCAGAAUCGGAGGAGCGGGCUCUCGUUAAUGGCGAAGGCGGCGAUGAAGCUGCACGCGCCGGCGUUGUACUCGCUGGCGGUGAUUCAGUUUAAUGGAAGUGGAGCCUCUAAGCGGGAGAAGGAUCUACGCGCCGGCGUGGCGCUGUCGGCGCGGGCGUCGUUGCUAGGUCACGUCGACGCGCUCCGGGAGCUUGGGCAUUGUCUCCAGGACGGUUACGGCGUGAAGAUGAACGUUGCGGAGGGGCGGCGUUUGCUCGUGCAGGCGAACCUGCGGGAGCUUGCGUUGGUUUUACGCGCCGUGACGAGGGCGCCGUUGAUGAGUGACUACGGCGUGGCGGUGCCGGAGGUGCAUCCGGCGAAUUGGUUUCUCAGGGAGUGGUUUGCGUCGGGGCGGGGAGAGCUAGGUGAGGGGCUGAGGAUGUGCGGUCACAUUGGGUGUGGCCGGCCGGAGACGCGGCCGCAUGAGUUCCGGCGGUGCUCGGUUUGCGGGAAGGUGAAUUACUGCUCGCGGGGGUGUCAGGCGCUGGAUUGGAAGUUGCGGCACAAGAUGGAGUGUGCGCCGGUGGAAGAGUGGGUUGAGGACGGUGGCGGUGACGGUGGUGCGGGCGUGGAAAAUGAGGUAGUUGUGCAAAACGAUGUCGUUUGAGGUGCGAGGUUGGAAAAAAAGAAAAAAGGAAAAUAGAGAGAAUAAAGAAAAGGUAAAGGGCUUGAAUUGGAGAACUUGAUGAACGUUUUGAUUCUGUGUACAGCUAGGGAAUUUUAUUUUAUUUUUUUAUCUUUGAGAAAAUCCUUGAAAAUUAUUACUGUUAGCUAGAUGCCUAGCGAAGAUCACAAAGUUCUUUAUUCAAAUCUGUUUUUCUUGUUUUUUUAUUCCCCUAAGAUAUCAGUCGGUCAGUAGUCAUGAGACUAAUUCCUCGAGUUAAAAUUAAUCCCUCGAGUAUGUGAUCACAUUAAGUGGAUAGUAUCCGCACGAGAUUUGUUUUUU